GAAUAUCGUUUCUGUACACGUGGUUGUAAAAUGAAUGUACAUUUUGUUCUAUUUUGUGGACUGGACUCCUGCUCAGUAUCGUACAUACAAAAUGACAAUGUAUAUUCAGAGGUGGGUAGCAAUACACGUAAGUGUGAUUGUCUUAUUCUCCUGUCAAGCUGGAUGUGAUGGCGAAAUACAGCACAUAGACGCAAUAGAAGGAAAACGUGCGGAUAUGGAUUUUCCAUAUCCCUGUGACAGCACAAGAAUAACUCUCCAGAAUGGUAAUAGUAUGCCAUUCUUCAACUCGGGGAAUUCCUCGUUAGUUUUCCCAAGAAACUACAUCAUUACAAAUAAUAAUGAUACUACCAGGUGCUCUCUGCACCUUGCUAUUUCACCAGUUACAAGAGACGACAGAGGUGGUUACAUCAUGACCCCAUACAAGAACGGUAAUCAGCAACCAGACGUCAAGAUAUACUUAAACGUUGACUUUUCUCAUGGAAAAGCAUGGUGUUCCUCAAGCACCAUCUCCAUCGGAGGAGAAUGGAUCAAACUGAGCUGUACAGCUUCAGCUGAUGCAAUUCCACGGCAGAUCUCAUGUUGGCAAGAUGGCAUGAGGCUACCCAAACUGGAGCCAACAGAUGAGAACAAAGGAGGACAGUUAUUACAACAUCAAGACAUAUUUGCCAGAGUAUCUGGUCCUGUACACUGCUGUUCCCACGGCAUUGACCGGAACCAGACACGAUGCGAGUGCAAGGACUGUGCAUGGGAUCCUCUUCAAAAUGGGCCAAUGUAUGACAUACCUGAACCUUGUCCCCAGUCCACACAACCUCUACCCUCUACACCGGACGUAAUGAAUCCUCGAACCACUGAGGCACACAGCAACUCUACUAGCAAUUUAGAUUGUAAAACAGGCCAUCUGUGGUACACCACCAGUACAAUUUUUCUUAUAAUUUCAUUAUUUAUUAACAUCGCUCAGUGGAAGCAACGCUCUGUGCUUAAGGCACAACUGAAGACAAUUCUGCAGAGACAGCCCUCGCCUGAGAAAGAAUCUGAGACACCUUUGCAGGAUAUUGAAAACACAACAUAA